AUACAAGAUGUAGUAAGCAAAGAAAGCUACAAAAACCCAGAAGGAGAACUAAAAGAACUAGACCUAGUGGUGGUGCAGGAACCCAUACACCUUCUUCUAGAGGUAGUUUUGAUCCUAAUUUGGGUUUUACUGAAGACCCUAAUCCAGCAUCUGGUUCUAAUAGAGGAAAUGCACCUAAUCCUGGUACACAGGAGGAUCCUGCAUCUAACCUUGGUACACAGAGUGAACUAGUUCUAAAUCCUGAUUCACAAGGAGAACAUUCUUCUAAUCCUGAUAAAUAUGGGGAACCUGCACCUAAUCUUGGUUCACCUGAGAGAUCUUCAAAUGAUCAAACCCCAGUUUCUG